CCUUUUAUUUUGAAGGCAUACUAUGUAGUGCUGAAUUGGACCUGGAAAUAUGGAUUUGGAGACAGAAGAGUUAGUACGAAAUCUAGUGUUACAAAAGAAACUGUGUUAGGAAAAACGUGAUGAUAUAUUUAGUGGAACACUGUUACAGUGGAUUUUCUGAUAUAGUGUUAUUUUCCUGAAGUCCAUAUGCCUUCUUUGUAUUUCAAUUAUUAAUAAAAAAAAAUAAUCCAUAUAGAUAAAUUUAGGAUAAUAGGUUUAUUUCAAUUAUUAUAGAGUGUUUCUUUAUCCUGCAUCUAUUCCGUCCCUUUAUUACCAGACAAAAGACCGUAGCCUGAAUUCCAUCAGUAAAAGUAUGUAUAUAGGCGAGAGACGGUUUUGUAGGAACCUGAAAAGUAUGAAUUUGUAUAUUCCUUAUGUUUCUGACAGAAAUCAGUACGUGAGUCUUUCUUGAUUCCUGUGAAAUGAGGAUUUUCCUGAUAUCAAGAGUGUGUGUGUGUGUGUGUGUAUGUAGGUACAUGAAAGGUGUUUGGGUCUCAUAGCAAAAAUGAUACAAGUAUAAAAGGAUUUAACGUAGUUCAACACAUCGCUUACAUUUAAUAUGUAAAACAUUUAAAUUUCAUAAUUCAAAAAAGACAAAAAUAGUUUUGCAGGAAACAAAACUAUUUGGAUAGCAGGCUUGACCAAAUGAUUUUUUUUUUUGGUUAAACUUGAUAUAUUUUAAAUGAUUCUAUUUCUGCCUUUAUUUCUGCCCUAAAAGCAACUGAAAAUAUUUUGGGAGUUACUCUUCCUGUUUAUUUGACUGUGAGUGUAAUUUAUAUCAUGGUUUACAAAAUGUGGCAUGAAGGAUUUGAUUGUUUUAUCUGUAUAAUACAAUGAAAGAUUGGGGUUUUUUUAACAUAAUCAUGGUAAAUGGUAUUGUAUUCUUAGAAUUGAUUUAUUCAUUAAGUGACUUAAUGAGUUUCAUCACUUUUGACAUUAUUGUUUUCUUAAUGGUUAACUUAGUAUUUUGGGGUUUAUAAUACCCUUCUAUGUAUUGUGAUACUAAGGGAAGUUAUGUUUUUGCUUUAUUUUUAAUUAAACUAAUAGUUUGAUAAUUUAUAUUUGCAAAUGAUGCAUUUUAAAUGUGGUCACUUGCUGUUUGAAAAAUAAAAAUAUAGAAUACUGUUUUAUGAAUAGACUUAGCAGCAUUUUUCAUGUUAGGUGAUUUCCAACAGAAUCUUAAUGAGACAGAUGAAGGCGUGCAAGGAUACGUAUCGUUGUGCAAGAGCUGAAGUGGAUACUUUCAACAAUUGAAUGAAAUCUUUAAAUAUUGGAUUUGAGACAUAUAAAACUUAGUUCUGAGUUUUCUUCCCCUUUGGAUAUCCUUCUUGCCUGCUUUGGUUAUAGAAAACGAAAUAUCUGACCUUAAUUUUAAUCCUGGACUUCUUGAAAAUUGCACUGGAACCAAUUUAACAGAAACACCGUGUAUUAGACCAGCUUUCCUUUGGUGAUCCCUGUUUGCCCCGGAGGGCACGUACUCAGUGUCACCAACUCUUCAGGUGAAUGAGAAUCAGGACUUUGUUUUAAUCUCAGUUGUAAGAAAGUUCUUAAGUCUAUUGGAUGACAAUAUGUCAUGUGUGCACUGCGUCAUUUUGUAGCUGUGUAGUAUAGAGUAUUUGUUACGUGAAUUUUUUUAUCAUUGAAGGAAAUAGUUUAAAAAUCUUGAAGACGGUAACAUUUAUGCACUUACAGAAGCAGAAAUGUGCCCCCUAGCACCAAUUACUGAUAAUUUAGUUUUCUCACCUUUAUUUAUUCAUGUGUUAAAGGCAUUGUUUUCCUUGAAUCUUUUGGUAGGGUCCCUUCUGAUAAAGAAUUGAUUUUUGUGACGUGUGACUCUGUUGAUUUUACUUCGCGUGAGAGCAAGUUUUGUGUAAGAAAACUUUGAAAGUCGCAAAAUACCUUUUAAAAAGGGGAAAAAAACAAACCAAAACAACAACUUGGUGAAGUUCUGUGCUAAGACUUGAGCCGUGAUCUGACAAGUGCAGAGUGAAUGGGGUUUGGUGCCAGGGGCUCCCCAUGUGUGUCACAGCAGGUCCAGGAGCCCCUGGGGCUCCACCAGCCCCUUGAGCUGAGCCCAAGGAGCUUUUUGUCUGGGCUUGGCCUAAACCCCUUCUGAGGGGGUUUAGCCCAGGUGACGGAAUUGAUGUGGGAGCAGAGAAAGGGCGCUCGGGAGAUCUGCUCCGGUGUCCUCCCCGGGAACAGCAGCCCCAGCAAAGGCGGCCGCAAGGCAGCGAGGGAUGGAAUGGGCACAGGGCUUUCUGCUGGGACUGGCCUGGGGGAAACUGUCCCACUCCUCCUGUUCCCCUUCUCCUGUCCCCCUCUUCCUGUCCCCUCGUUGCUGUCUUGUGGUGCCUUUACCUACUUCUGAAGUCCAGAGCGAACGCAGCAACGUGACUUGGUGUUGACACGGAGCAACGUGACUCGAUAUGACUUGGUUUCGCUACUGCUCUAGUGUGCCGUGUUUUGGUCUUGUUUUGAAAAUAACCCCUCAAGAACUUGCUGUGGUGUGGUAACAUCCAGCCAGUAUAGUAACUGCUUUUAAUUAUGUCAUGUUUAACAGUUUUAGAUUGUGGCUGCACUCUGCAAUAUACCUGAGUGAGCAGUGACUGAGUACUCAGCCACCCUGCUUGUCUUUAGUUUUGUUAUGUUUGCUUACAUUAGUUAUACUGAUUUUUUAAUUUGUUUUUAAUUAUGCAGUGGAAAUAAGAAAUCAAAGCUGAUAGUUUCUGCGUAUUGAAUUUCAUUAUUAAAAUUGUUGAAUAGUGAAGUGAUAAAGACGACAUUUUUCAAUAUGUUGAUGUUAAAAAGAAUUGCUAGAGCGUACAUUUUCUGUUGAGUGUGAAAAAAACCCAACAUUAAAUUAGCUUUACUUUUUGCUAGGAGAAGGAAACAGUUUUCUGUUAAAAGGAUUGGUUAUUUGUUUAUUUACAGGGCUGAAAAAAUCUCUCUCUCUCUCUCUGAAAUGAGUACUUUUUUGCACUGUGCGGGAUAAACUAUUUCAUAGUUGAAGUUUAUGAAAGUAGAUUUGGAGGUGGGUUGGUUUAGGGAGGUGUUCUGGUAGAGUGUCCAUUUGUUGAUUAUCUUCUGCAUUGCACUUGCCAAAACAACAGAGGAUAGUUUCCUAUAGAAUACUGUUUGCUCUUUUGUCUGCUUUAGUUGUCGGGAUACGGAGUUUACAGAAGAGAGCUUUGGGCUUAAAGCAGAGCCGGUGCGUGUUGUCCGCAGACACCCGCCCUGCCCGGCUGCUCGGGUACAGCUGUACAUCGGCAGCACCUUUCCCCUCUCGCAUCAGCGCUGGGCUUCGUGUUCGUGACAUCGCUCCUGCAGCAUCUUUUCUAACGCAGUCACAUGCACAUAUGCAUGAGUCACUGGCAGAAAUUAAACAUGGUGAUUUGGUGAGGUUCUGUCUUAAAAUGGGGGGGCGUGUGCAUGUCUUCUGCAGUCUGGCAAACUAGCUGUCCGGUGCCUGUGUCGGCCGCUGUGCACACUGUGCAAAAAGCACGGCAUCCCCUUCUUCCCUCUGUUCUUUGUGUUUCCUUCUGGGUGUUUGCUGGGUGAACUGGUAACUGCUGGUUUUGCCACUUGGAGUCCAUCUCCUUACGCAGGAGAGCCAGGGCAUGUUUCUGCGUGAUAAUCAAACCCCGCUGCCUUCUGGUAGCAACACGGCUCAGCUUUGGUGUGGCAGCGGCUGCACCUUCCACACCUCAGCUGGAAAGGUGGGUGCCUGGUCCCAAACCAAGCUCUGUGCUGGUAUAUUUGGCGGUAGCUUGUAUGUAGCUGCCUUCGUUGAGAAGAGGUAAUACCUGCUCUGAGAAAGGUAAACUGGCCCAGCUAUAGAAAUGCAGGCUGUGCCACUGAAUGUGUUUUCACUUUCAUUUACGUAUAGGUUUUUCUAUUUUUUUUGUGGUUAGGGCCAUUUCAGAGAGGCAGAAAUAACAAGAGUUUUUCUAGCUGCUGUUGGUUCAAAAGCACUAGCCUGGCUUAAGUGAAACCAAGAGGAUUCCAUUAUUUUAGCAGUGUCAUUUAUUAUAUAUAUAUAUAUAUAUAUAUAUAUUUAUGCAUUUUAAUAAGAAUAACAACCGUUCAAGAUGUAUAUUUUUUUAUACUCUGAAAGCUCUUCAGGAGCAGCACAGCACUUCCUUAAUCAGUCUGUCUUGUCACAAGAUAAACUGAGUCACGAGAGAUGAUGAAGUGACGACCAGGAGCGCUGAGAAUACGUUCAGGGUAAUUGCAAGGUAAUCGCAACCCUGCGGUAAUGUGUGAGAACAAAGCAGGGGAUGUCACCAGAAGCUCAAAGGAUGACUUGUUUGUUUUCUCUCAAGUCCUGUAUUUUCCAUUUGUCUUGCCAUUUCCUGAAAGCUUCUUUUGUUAUAAAGCUAAUGAUAGAUCAGAACAGCCUAAGAAAGUUACAGCUGGGAAGACGGAUAAACAAGGUAAGCGAUACCAGUGUGCCAAAGUGAUCUUUUCUUCCAAAGCAGGACUCAGGAGGAUUUUCUUUAAGAUGGUAAUUUGUUAGCUUAAAGGAAAGUGUCAAAUCAAAAUAAAUGGGAUGUUCAGUCACCUACUCAAGUAUGUAGCUGGAACGGUGGAUGUUGCAGCUAAUUGAAAAUGAGCCACGAGUGCUGCCGUCGGGUACGGAAACACACCUUGGCAGUGCUGGCUCUGAGAGUCGUUCUUGUUGCCUGGAACUCUGUUUUAAGGAGUUGAAACAAGAAUGAUGUUUGUGGCGAUGCUCAGGUGCUAUAUUGAUAACCGCUGCAUCCAUGGACUGAACAAAAUCAGGUAAAAUGCAUUUUAAAAGCAAAUUAUUUUACAGUUUAUAGCUAUGAGCAAACUUGAACAGAAACAGGCCGGCUCUUCAUUUUGUCUAGGAAUAUACUCUCUAUGUGUAAUGGCCCAUUUCACUGUUGACAUAGGGUUUGUUGAUAGGUCACAAAGAAAUGUGAUUAGCUAAAUGGUGCAGUUUAUUCACAGUUCGUGCUGUGUGUGUGGAUGGGAAUCAGCUUGCUUGUUGCUGUGUUAGGAAAGACGGGCAUGUCUGGCAACUGAAGAAGACGUUGAUAAGGUAUGUGAUAAGUCCAUUCUACUGAGAAUCGAUCCUUCCCACGUUUCACGGGAUGGCCCAGACCUGUGCAUGUUCCAAAUUCACACCUUCUCUUGCUGACUGACCACUGUGCUGCUACUUUCUCUGUUUCUGGGGUCCAUGUUUGUAUCUUUUGACACUCCUGUAUUUUACACUUCAACUGUUUUAUCCCACAUAAGCUUUUGUCACCUCCCUCACUCUCUUAAAUCUGUCUCUGAUUGGCAUCCCCUGGAGCAGUUUCCACCAAGUGACACCACAUGGACUAUGGAAAGUUCUCAAAUCACAGCUCGGGAUGUCCAGUAGUCAGGUCUGCCAGGCUUUGGAUGCUGCACCUGGCAGUCCUGAGGACCUGUGUAACCCAAGGGGAGGGAUUCCUGCUGGUCUGUGCAAUUUGCAGCAUUCACUGCAAGCCGUGAAAGCACACAGGAUAAAUUGGUAAAACCAUUUUAGCUUUUAGUUGCAUUUUUCUGCCAUUUUCCUCCCAGUGCAGCUCAGGUACGUGGCAUAAGGACAGAGAAUUUUUCAUUAGGCCUUUUCUAAAACUUUCUCGAAUGGUUUGCGAUGGUUUUCCUGGAAGGUGGUGUAGACCUCGGGGCAGUGCAGAGGAAGGCUUGCAUGAGCACAGCGGUGGCCGAACCCGCUGUGUGUCACACAGCCGUCCUGAGCGUGUGCUGAGGCAGUUCAUACCAUUCCACAUCACCACGUAUUUGUUAUGAAUAAUCUUGGAGCUGCUUCUCUUGCAUUCAGGUUACCUCUGUAUGUGCAAAGCCCGUUCUUUAAAGAAAGCAAACUGCUUUGCACAACUGCUGCUUGUUGAUGGCCCUUGGAGAAGUGACAGCGUACGUCACUCUGCGGUUUUGCUUGUGUGCUGAGUAUGGAAAAGCAGCAUGUUCCUCGGGAGCGCAGGCGGCCCCGCUGCAGCAGUGCUGCCUAUUGGGUUCUUUUGCCAAGAAGGAAAGCGUUGAAAAUUGCCAUGGCUUAAAUAGGAUCAGAUGGAGACCAAGGACAAGCACUCCUGAAUGUGCUUUUAAACAGCGGUACUUGGUGAAGAAUAGUGCGGACAGCAGGACCAGGGCAGUGAUCAUCCCCCUAUACUCGGCACCGGUGAGGCUGCACCUCAGAUCCUGUGUUCAGUUUUGGGCCCCUCGCUACAGGAAAGACAUUGAGGUGCUGGAGAGAGUUCAGAGAAGGGAAUGGAGCUGGUGAAGGGUCUGGAGCACAAGUCUGAUGAGGAGCGGCUGAGGGAACUGGGGCUGUUCAGCCUGGAGAAAAGGAGGCUGAGGGGAGACCUUAUCACUGUCUACAACUACCUGAAAGGAAGUUGUAGCAUGGAGGGGGUUGGUCUCUUCUCCCAAGUAGCAAGUGACAGGACAAGAGGAAAUGGCCUCAAGUUGUGCCAGGGAAGGUUCAGAUUGGAUAUUAGGAAAAAAAUUUUCACAGAAAGGGUUUUUGGGCAUUGGAACAGGCUGCCCAGAGCAGUGGUGGAGUCACCAUCCCUGGAGCUGUUUAAAGGCCGUGUAGAUGAAGUUCUUAUAGAUGUGGUUUAGUGACAGUGGCAGGUUAAUGGUUGGAAUCUGUGAUCUCGAGGUUCUCUGCCAACCAAAAUGGUUCUAUGAUUUUAAUGUUGAUGUGUUCCUUGAAAAUACCUUUUGUGGGAUUCCAGCAGUCUCUAUUACCUGUUCAGCUCUUGUGUAACAUGCACACACGUGCGUAAGGGCAGAUGUGCCUGCAGGCAAGUCCCAGGGCUCGGUCCUCAGUGAAUUACUGACUGUUCACCAGUUCUGCAAAGAAUCAAAGAUACUUACUGCACAUUUUGCACUGUCCCUCAAGAUGAGAUAAUGUGGUUGAACCUGUUCCCGGAUAGUUGUAAAGAGUGUAAAGAUAACGAAGCUGGAGGAGAGCUUCCAAAAUAUUACAUAAAUGGCAUGUCUUGGGGAGGUGCAUGCUGAUUUCCUCAGUUAGGCUUCACCCCCCUUUGAGAAGCACCUGUCUUCUCUGAACUCUUGCUUUCCUUUUCUGACACUCGCCCGUCCUUGCUGUGUCUGCCCAAGAGUAAAGGCUUGUUUACAUGUUGCCUCCAUGGGACUCUCUGGAAAAUUGAAGUGGGUUCGCUAGAUUACGUGAUGUCUUGUGUGGAUACUUUAUUGAAAAUUAAAAUGGCCCUAACUCAUUUUGGCUGACUUCAUUUUGGAAGUAAAAUAAGUCAGUGACUGCUAUUCAACCUCUAAGGAAGGGUGUCUAGCUUUAGAUUUAAUCCUGUUUACAUUGAGACUAUCCAAAAUUCGUGCCUUUAAUUCAGACGGAGCUUUGUCUAUGCAGGGUCACAGGGUUUCUUGGCAGCCCUGAACAGGGAAGUUACGAUGAAGUGAGUUCGUAUUGAAACCAGGUUGCAGCCACUCCUGUGCAGAGCCGGAGCCCCAUGUCCCCAUGGUUGGCAGCUUUCCCUCCUGCUGAAACCAAGCAACUCCGAAUUUCAUUAUUUAUAUUUUUUGCUGGACUCCUGAGAAUGUCAGGUUUAGUGGAAUUCUGCUGCUGAACCCUAAUUUGUUCGGCUUCCCGCACUCAGCGACACGUGUGCCGCUGCCCACCGCUUUGGCACCGCGCCGUCUCAGCCCCUCCUGCAGGAACCACCCGGCGCUUUCUCCGGCCCCGAGUGGAAACGCUCGGAACCGGGUCGAUCAAGCGGCCCCGGCGGGCAGGGGCUGCCCGGGACCGACCUCCAGCUCCCGGCCGGGGGUGGCAGCGCUGCCCGGGUAGACGUGGCAGCUCCCGGGGCGGCCCCGCUCGGGAGGCGGCGCCGCGGGGCAGCGGGCGCGGGGCGGCGGGCGGGCCCGGGCGGCGCAGUGACUGCAAUAAAAUAAUGAAUCUUCCACAACGGAGGAUCCAGCACUGCAGGAAUUUGAUGGAGGAGAAUAGCUGACCUGCUGGGAUCAGCCUCACCCCUUGUAGUAUUAGAGCUGCGCGUUGGGCAGGUGGAGGCAACACCAAGGAUAUGAUGUUCAGCCGGAAUGGUGCCAGAAGUGAGGGAUAUGUCCAAGAGCUGUUCCAUGAGGAAGCACAGCAGGUAUCUCAAACGCAGACCAAGCCCUGGUGGAAGAUCCAGCUCUUUGUGUGGGAGCCAGUGCUGUUUGGAACAUGGGAUGGUGUCUUCACCUCCUGCAUGAUCAACAUUUUUGGAGUGGUUCUUUUCCUGAGGACGGGAUGGCUUGUGGGAAACACGGGCAUUGUAAUGGGCAUGUUUCUGGUGUCCUUUGUCAUCCUGGUUGCCCUGGUGACAGUCUUAUCUGGAAUUGGGAUGUGUGAGAAGUGCAGCAUCGGAAAUGGAGGAGUCUACUCUAUGAUUUCUACUGUCCUUGGAGGUCAAGUAGGGGGGACCAUUGGCCUCCUUUAUAUUUUUGGCCAGUGCGUUGCAGGUGCCAUGUACAUCACUGGAUUCGCGGAGUCCAUCGCAGAUGUCCUGAGCCUCAGCAACAUCUGGGCGGUGCGUGGGAUCUCCCUGGCUGUCCUGCUGGGCCUGCUGGGGAUCAACCUGGCUGGGGUGAAGUGGAUCAUCAGGCUCCAGCUCCUGCUGCUCUUCCUCCUGGCUGUCUCGACACUUGACUUCGUCAUCGGGUCCUUUACACAUCUUGAUCCAGAGCAUGGCUUCGUCGGCUACUCUGAAGAGCUAAUGUUCAACAACACGCUGCCAGACUACAGCCAGGGGGAGUCCUUCUUCACUGUUUUUGGAGUGUUUUUCCCAGCUGCCACAGGUGUAAUGGCUGGGUUCAAUAUGAGUGGAGAUCUCCAGAAGCCUGCUACCAACAUCCCCCUGGGGUCUCUGGCCGCUAUUGCCACCUCGUGGUUUCUCUACAUGGUCUUUGUUUUUUUGCUGGGAGCCAUUUGUACCCGUCAGUCACUCCGCUAUGACUUUAUGAUAGCUGAGAAGGUAUCCCUGGUGGGUUUCUUGUUUUUGCUAGGGCUGUACAUCUCAUCCCUGGCCUCCUGCAUGGGCGGGCUGUAUGGAGCACCCAGGAUCCUGCAGUGCAUCGCCCAGGAGAACGUGAUCCCCAUGCUCGCCUGCCUGGGACGUGGGAAAGGACCCAACAAGACUCCAGUAGCUGCGAUUUGCUUAACCAGUCUCAUCACCAUGGCUUUUGUCUUCAUUGGCCAAGUGAACGUUCUUGCUCCCAUAGUCACCAUCAACUUCAUGUUGACAUAUAUUGCGGUAGACUAUUCCUACUUCUCAGUCUCCUUGACUUACAACAUUCAGCAGAAACCCGAUGUGACCCAGAUGGAAAAUGUUAGACCUGCUCACCCUUCCCAGCCUUUAAUUUUCAACAAGGCCUCUGGCCGUGCAGUAGAUGGAAUAAUUCAAACCAGAUCAAACGGCACCUUGCUGGAAUUCACAAAAGACAUGGACCAGCUUUUCAAGCCAUUUCGUAGUGAGCCAGGUACUUGCAAAAAGGAACGAGCCGAGAACUUAACCCGAAAGGCCAAACAAAAGAAGGCAAAUAAGCCAGCUAAGCAGAUGUUACAAGACAGCUUUCUUCUGGAUCUCCAUCACGAUGCUCUCUCGACUUCAUACAGCUGGGAUGAGACCAUGGAGCCCCAGCAGGACCUGGAUGAGCAGGUCCAUCAGAGUGACGUGGGUCCGUGCUCAUCACUUGCUAUGGAUGCCCAGCGGACUCCUGGGCUGCUGGAGCCGGGGGAGCAGCUCUGCAGCGAGGUGUUCCCCGGCCAGCGGGGAGAAGAAUCAUCUAUAAAGCAACAAAGUCCAGAGCUGGGAAUUCAACAAUUACCAGAAUCCUUCUACUCCAAAUUCUGCAAUCACUGGGUUUCCUUUGCUGGUGCGGUCAUGUCCCUCAUCAUCAUGUUUGUCAUUCAGUGGAUCUACACCCUUGUCAGCCUGGGUGCUGCUCUUAUUCUGUAUUUCUACAUCGGCCAAGUGAGCCCAGGACUCCCCCUUGGAGCAGCAGCAAAUUUCAGUUUCUUCAGCUGGAUUAAGUCGGUUUUGAUCACCUCGUGCAGGAGAAGGCCAUCUCCCAAGGAGCAGAUCGUGGUGACACCGUCCUUUGCAACAGUUGGCAUGGAGACCACACAGCUCACCGAGGAGAAUGCCGACUUCGCCUCGCGGGACCGCUAUCACCAGUCCUCGCUUAUCAGCAGAGAGGAGUUUGGGAAUCAGUUCCAGUAAAAGACACACACACAAAAUAUCAAGCCAUUACUUGAAAAAGCAUUUAGAAAUGCUAAAUGGCUGCCACAGUGCCCUGUGAAAUACUUGAAUAUAUAUGGAAAGGAUGUGAAUAGUUAUUUAUAUAUUUGAGGCUUCUUUGUGAAAAGUACAUUGCUGGGUUUCAAAUGUUAUCCAAAAUGAGGGAAAAAAAUGCAAAUGAAAGGGCCAGUCCAGGGAAGUGAUGAGUUACUGAGGACAAUAUAAUCCUUUUAAAGAAUUCAAUUAUAAGCGCUAUUGAGCUCUAAAGAGAGUUGCUGCUAUAAAAGCUUCCAGCACCCCAUUUCAAACGUCCUCUGGGUGACAAGGGAUGCUUUGUGCCUGGGAGCAGUGACCUCGGCAGCAGGAGCCAGUGCCCCGUUCCCAGCUGUGCCAUGGAUGGAUGCGACCUUCCAGGUCAAUUCACUUCUCGGCAUGAAUUUGCCUGCUUGUAAUACAAUAAUUUUCUACCUCAGCAUUUCAGUUUCCAAGGUCUUAGAAAGUACUUUAAGGCAUUAGACAAUAGGCCAGAAUCAGUGGCAAGUGCAAGAAGAUUAUGAAGUAUAUUCACAAUUGGAAUCACACAUUUAAAUGCAGUAAUGCAGUAUAAUGACCUCUACUGUGAAACUGUAAAAUGAUGUCUUAGAAGCUGUUCAUAGUGUUUUCCCACAUCCUUUCUGAUGUGACACCUGGGGCCUGAUAGCAUAGCUGGGUCUGAAUAGAGCAUCUCCUGGCUGAAGGUACAGAUGAUACAGAAGUGCCUUAACAAAAUAUGUUUAGCCUCAUCUUUGCUAAUUUUGCUUGAAGCCCAUCCCAUAGUGAGCUCCCACAAGGAGCUGUUUCUCCAUCUGCUGUGAUUUGGGAUGCUGUAGGGUUUCCCACGCAGACCUUAGUGCUGGUGGGGUGGGGUGAGGUCUUGCAUGGACAUCCCAGUCACAAUGGCUUCUGCUCCCCGGGGAAAAGCCCCUGGCUGAGCACUGUCCUGCCUACGGGCAGUGGUCCUGGCAGACACUUGGGGAGGUGUGAAGGAGGGCUCAGGGUUGAAGCAAGCCCCAGCACUACAAAUCAGUUCUGAUGCUAAAAGGAGGGGGAAAUCACUGCCUUUCACUUUAUUUCAUCUCUCAUAAUUUCAGAUUAUUUAUUUUUCCUUCUGUGCAAUAAAACUCAAGGCACCAGGAACUUGUCUCUGUGCUUGCUGUGGUGACACUCAAUGCCUGUGAUCACUGGGGCUGUUCUUCUUGCUGGCGUCCUGGUGUUGGUGGCUGUGGGGGGCCCCCCUUCCUAUCUCAUGGGACGGAUGCAGCUUUGGCUUUUCCAGUUUUCUUACAGAGGGAAGCAAAGAAGGCUUUCUGCUGAAGUGAAGAAGACAGUGAUCCUGGUGCGCUGCAGAAAGCAUACUCAUUUUUCAAGGUCACAGGUAUUUUAUUAAGUGUUUUUAACCUUGAUUAUCUCAAUAGAGGCAGGAGGGUGGUUAUGCUUUUUGUGGCCAGCUCUGAGCCACAUCAAGUCGGUCAUUCUGUGUUGGAAAUGCUCCUUCCAGGUUCUUUCCUUGCAUUGCUUUUUGCCUUUGGUUUCCAAAAAGUCUGGAUCUCCUGUGGGGAUGUGGCUCUGUACUGAAGCUUCUCCUGUGUUUCCUGGGACCAGUGGGUCCAGAGAGCCUUUCCUGUGCUUGUAAGCAUCCUUGUAUUUGACAGGUGCUGCUGUUGUGCAAACUUCAAGCACUCCUCGGUGCUGAUCUACCGCUGGCAGGCUGCAUUGUGCUGUGUUAUCACACAGUUUGAUACACAACCAUAAGCCCUUUACUGUAAAAUCUUGUAUUUCAUGAAGUCUUGUCACAUCAAAAUAUUACCUACGACAGGAGUUGCCCAGAAAUGCAUUUAUCUAUAGGUUGAACAAAAGAAAACUCAAGAGCAUGGAAAGAAGUGAUUAAUGGGCAGAAAUUCCUGGGUU